AUGAUUGAAAUAAUUGCUUACAUAAUUGGUAUUGUUCUUGUGAUGGUGUGGUGUUACUUCAAAUGGCAAAACAGGCGCUUCGAAAAAUUGGCUGCUAAAAUGCAGGGGCCUCUAGCUUACCCGAUCAUAGGAAUAGGAUAUAAAUUUAUUGGCUCCUCAGAACAGGUCAUGAGCAAAAUAAUUGAUUUGGUGAAAGAAUAUAAUCUAUCGCCAAUUAAAUUAUGGUUAGGACCAUAUUUUGCAGUUUCUAUUUGUAAACCAGAAGACUUACAAAUUGUUUUAAAUAAUUCAAAGGCUCUACAGAAAGCCCGAAUGUAUGAUUUUUUCAAGUGUGGUGUGGGUGAAGGUUUGUUUACUGCACCAGUUGAAAAAUGGCGGAGACAUCGUCGCAUGAUCACUCCCGCUUUUAAUGCCAAGCUUCUCGAACAGUUUUUCCCAGUGUUUAACGAAAAGAACAAAAUUCUUAUCAAGAAUGUUACGAAGGAAUUAAAUAAAACACAAAUGUUCGAUCUCUGGCACUAUAUUGCACCAGCUGCUCUUGAUACUAUUUGUCAAACCACUAUGGGGUACAAUCUAGACACUCAAUCAAACAAUAAAGAAUGUGAGUUCGGCGAAGCAAUUGUAAUGGGAUCGGAGGUAGCCGCGAUGCGAAUUUACAAACCAUGGUUAUAUCCAGAAAUCGUGUUUUCAAUGUAUUUAAAACUCACUGGACACCAAAGGGUUAUCGAUACAGUGAAAAAAUUUCCAUUACAAGUAAUCAAGAAAAAGAAAGAUGAAUUUGACCAGAGGAAAAAAGCAAUUAAUGCGAAAGUAGACUUAAUUAACAAUAAGGAUGAAAAUCAAUCAAAACUAUUCUUGGACAUAUUGUUUGAACUGAACCAAACUGGAGGAAACUUUUCAGAUUCCGAUAUUAGAGAUGAGGUUGUAACGAUGAUGACUGGGGGUAGUGAAACCAGCGCUAUCACAAUCUGUUUUUGUCUUUUGAUGUUAGCCAUACAUCAAGAUAUCCAAGAUAAAGUAUACGAUGAAAUGUAUGAUAUUUUUGGCGGGAGUGAAGAAACGGUAACAAUUGAAGAUACCACUAAACUGGUGUAUUUAGAACAAGUGUUAAAAGAAACCCUUCGAUUAUACCCUGUAGGGCCAGUGCUUCUUAGAGAAGUUCAAGACGAUCUUAAGAUAUUUUCAAGUGAUUAUGUACUACCAAAAGGAACAACGUGUGUUAUAAGCCCAAUAACCACACAUCAUAGUCCUGUUUUAUACCCAGAUCCUUGGUCUUUUAAUCCUGAAAACUUCACUCCCGAAAAUGUCGCAAAACGUCAUAAAUAUAGCUUUAUUCCUUUUAGCGGUGGUCCAAGAGGUUGCAUAGGAUCCAAGUAUGCUAUGUUGUCGAUGAAAGUUACUGUGUCAACAUUUUUACGACAUUUUAGCGUACAUACUGACAUCAAAUUAACAGACAUUAAGUUAAAAAUAGAUUUGUUGAUGAGAAGUGUUCACGGUUAUCCUGUUACAAUUCGACCACGAAUGAAAAGACCAACAAAAUAUAAGCGAAAUUAG